AUGACACAACUAGUUCACAUUAUAGAUGUAGAGAGCGGGAACUUACAAUCCCUUUCUAAUGCCAUCAAACGCAUCAAUCCCGACUACACCAUCAAAUUUAUCCACAACGAAUCGGAAUUUCUUGCCCUUGAUCAUGAAAUCACCAAAUUGAUAUUCCCAGGAGUAGGCAACUAUGGCCAUUUUGUUCGCCAAAUUUAUGAAAGAAACCUUGAUAAACAUAUUGAGAAGUAUAUUAACGAUGAUCGAGAAUUAAUGGGGAUUUGUGUUGGAUUACAAGCAUUUGCGGAUGGAUCUGAAGAAAGUCCAGGUGAACAAGGGUUGCGAGUUUUAGGUUUACAGUUGAAGAAAUUUAAUGUUGAUGAUCCAGCUUAUGUCGAACGUGGAACUAAGAAAGCUGUACCCCAUAUUGGAUGGAAUAGUAUUGAAGAGAUUACUGUUGCCGGUGAUGAUAUAAGCUCCGAUAAGUCCUUGUUUAAUUUGAACUUGAACAACAAGUAUUAUUUUGUUCAUUCAUACGCUGCUAUUAUCGAUCAAGAGUCGAGUGAAAAGUUGGACAAGUUGCGUGGUCAAGGUUGGAAUUUUGCCAUUGCAAGAUAUGGAACUGAGAGGUUUUUAGCUGCUAUUAAUAAAGGAAAUUUAUUUGCUACACAGUUUCAUCCUGAAAAAUCAGGAAUUGCUGGAUUAAAGAUUAUAAAAGCAUUCCUUGAAGGGGAAAAGUUUCCCGUGGUUCAUAAAUCUGAUAUCCAACAACAGCCAAAAGAUAUUGAAGACACUAUUAGUGGAUUGACGAGAAGAAUCAUUGCUUGCUUGGAUGUAAGGACAAAUGAUGAUGGGGAUUUGGUUGUGACUAAAGGUGAUCAGUACAAUGUGCGUGAGACAAAUAGUGACUCAGAGUCAAGUGCUGUGAGAAAUUUGGGUAAACCAGUUGAAUUAGCCACAAGGUACUAUAACCAGGGAGCUGAUGAAGUGACAUUUUUGAACAUCACCUCAUUCAGGAACUCUCCAUUGAAAGAUUUACCCAUGUUGGAAGUUUUGAGACGUGCAGCUGAAACCAUAUUUGUACCAUUGACAGUUGGUGGUGGUAUCAAAGAUAUGCAAGAUCCGGAAACUGGUAAAACUGUGCCAGCUGUACAAGUUGCUGAUUUGUACUUCAGGUCGGGUGCUGAUAAGGUCAGUAUUGGAUCAGAUGCAGUAGCCAUUGCUGAGCAAUACUAUGCCAAUAAUAAACAAAAGACUGGUUCAACAUCUAUUGAAACUAUAUCCAAAACAUUUGGAAAUCAAGCUGUUGUUAUAUCGGUUGAUCCCAAAAGACGAUAUGUUGCUUCACCAAAGGAUACUAAGAUGCAAACCAUUCACAUUACUGAUCCAACAAAAUACGGGCCCAAUGGUGAACAGUAUUGCUAUUACCAAGUCACAUCACAAGGUGGAAGAAAAACACACGAGUUGGGUGCUUUGGAAUUAUGUCUUGCUUGUGAAGAUUUGGGAGCUGGAGAAAUUUUGUUAAAUUCGAUUGAUCACGAUGGUUCAAACAAGGGUUUCAAUUUGGAAUUGUUGAAUCAAAUCAAGUCGCAAGUGUCGAUACCUGUUAUUGCUAGUUCUGGUGCUGGAAAUCCACAACAUUUCCAACAAGUGUUUGAAAUGGAGUGUGGCAUUGAUGCUGCUUUGGGAGCAGGAUUGUUUCAUCGUGGCGAGUACACUGUUAAUGAUGUCAAGCAUUAUUUGCAAGAAAAGGGAAAGAUGGAUGUAAGAUUGGAUGAUGAUGUAGCAUUGUAA